CCCAACCCAGUAUACUCCUGCCUCGCUUUCUCUCUCUCCCUCUCCCUCUGGCUUCGAACCGUCCUCCCUCACCAUCGAAGGCAUCGAUUGACACAGCAGAAAGGGUUAUGUUGAUCAUCGUCGAUCUAAAAUGGUUCGGUGGUUGUGGAGUAGGACAGGAUGCUCUCGUUUGCUCUAUGGAUGUGAGCUGGGAUUUAAUCGCCAGCAGAAAGCCAAUCUGGUGAAUGUAAAGUUAAAAUGGGUGAAAGAUAGGGUAUUGGAUGCUGUUGUGGCAGGUGACAGGGAUCUAAGAGCUGCCAGCAUUCUUGUUUCCAUAAUAUCUGCGAAUCCUCAUUGUUGCCUCCCAGUUUACCACCUCUCCCACCAAAGAGGGCAACUCAGUCUCCCCCACGAUCUUAAGAUUUCCACUUUUAUGAGGAGAUAUCCCACUAUUUUCGAUGAGUUUCAUGUUCGUGACAGUGGAGGUACUAGAGUUCCCUGGUUCCGCUUAACUCCUAAAGCACUAGAUCUCCAUCAAGAAGAACUCGGUAUCUACCAAAAUUGUGAGAUGGAUCUUCUUGACAGGCUCCGCAAGCUGCUCAUGCUCACCAAAGAUAGGAUUCUUCCUCUACAAACGAUUGACCAGCUAAAAUGGGACAUUGGUUUGCCAUUUGAUUACCCUUAUUCAUUGAUUCCCCAUCACCCAGAUAUAUUUUCUUUGAUUCACCUACCUGAUAAUCGUUUUGGCUUGAAACUCCUAUCCUGGGAUGUUAACCUUGCUGUGUCUCAAUUGGAAAAGAGUGCUGCUUUGCAGCAAAGGGAAAAAGAUGUUGAAAAUGGCAGCUUAGCAUUUCCAAUUGGAUUCACAAGGGGUUUCGGAUUGAAGAGAAAAUGCAUGGAGUGGUUAGAAGAGUGGCAGAGGCUCCCUUAUACUUCUCCUUAUUCAGAUGCCUCUCACUUAGAUCCACGUACAGAUGUACCUGAGAAGAGAAUUGUUGGUGUCUUUCAUGAGCUUCUCCACCUCACCAUACAAAAGAAAACAGAGCGCAAGAAUGUGAGCAAUCUCCGUAAACCACUGGCCUUGCCACAGAAGUUCACGAAGGUGUUCGAACGCCAUCCUGGCAUAUUCUACAUUUCUAAGAAGUGUGACACCCAAACUGUUGUUCUUAGGGAAGCUUACGACCGUAAUCAACUAAUCCAGAGACACCCCCUUGUUGACAACAGGGAAAAGUUUGAAAGUAUGAUGAAGGAAGGGUUUCUGGAUAGGAGCAGGGGCUUAUACAAGAGAAACAGAGAUGCUGUUGUUGAGGAGGAUCGAUUUAGGAAUGUUUGUAGUAAUGAACUCAGUGACAAUGGAUUAAAAAAUGAAGGAGAAUCAGAUGAUUCAGUUUGUAAUUUCUUCAAGAAUAUGAAUCAGAUGAAACCAUAGAUGAUCCUUGCUAAAUUCAGCAGAUGCUUUUAGCAGUUAGCUCAAAUCUCUGCUGCAAUGUGAGACAACUAAUGGAAAAGGUAUUCCCUGGUAACCUAAUCCUAUCCCGCCAAAUAUUAAUAGAAUUUGGGAGUAAUCUUUUACAAGAUGAGUUUGUGAUGAUUGUCUUUAGCAUCAUGAGGAAGCAGGAAACAACUUGUUUUGAUGGAGGAGAGAGAACUAGGAGAAGAGAUUUAUUUUAGAAGUACUGCAUCUGAUUUUGAUUGUAUCUCAGAUCUGGUUUUUCUCAUAAAGUUAACCAUUUUAGUUGAAGAACUGAAUCUAUAGAUCAACCGGAAGAUGUUACCGUGAGUCCAUGAAGGAUAUCUAAAUGGACCAAUAAUCUUAAGGAGCUUUGGGAAAACAAGCUGGGAUUAAAUUUAUAGUGAUUCUUAUAUAUGGAAUGACCAUUUGGACUUCACGGUUUUCAUUUUUUAAUGUGUUACAAGAAUUUAGUUUUUCAUUUCUGGCAUUAUGUAUCAGAAGUAUUUGGGCCCCACAUGAGUGCAGCUGUGCUAGAUUGUAUUCAGAAUAUUCAACCACAGUCUACAUAGUGAAUGGACUUUGAACAUGCUCUGCACCAAGGUUUUUUGGAUAAAGCAGCUCUCAUUUUUGUUGAAAGAAUAUUUAAACUUAAGAGAGAAAUUGUGUGCGCGCACAAGUGGGUGUUUGUGCAUCUUUUUUUUCCCUAAGCUUGUUUGUACAUCUUUUUUUCCCUCUUGUUGUCCUUUUGGUUUCUGUAGAAGCAUUCAGCCUAGUUAAUAUGUCAAAUGCACAAAUUGAAAUGAUUCAUCAUAAUGGCCAAUUUCCAUGGCAAGGUUAUUCCUUUCCUGGAAUUUGAUUAUUUUGCAGCAUUCCUCCUGUUGUUGAGAUCAAGGGGAAAGAGAUCAAGUUUUGUGAUCUUUUCAACAAGAAAACAAGUUUUUAGCGUAUAGUUUAGAUAUCUAGUAUUGAUGCUGGAAGUUUCAAUUUUUCUUUAUUUUGGAAUUGAUGUAGUGGUAUUGAAAGUAUUAUUAUCUCCUGUUUGUACAAUUUCCCAUACCAUGAUUGCUGUUGGAAAUUUUAAAUUGCUCUGACUUUUCUAUUGAAUUAACUGAACUUUUAUUUUUUUGUCAUAUUUAUGAAACUCCCAGACUACUCCCAAAUAUCCUUCAAAUUUAGGAAAAAUGUAGUUACUGAAGAAAAAAAAUAGAAAAAAUAAAAAAUAAAAA